AUGGGAGGAAGCAACAUCGGUGUCUCGGUCACUGGCGAGAUCAUGAUGGAGUUCAACUGCAGCAACGCCCUCAUCGUUGGCGACAACUCCGGGUACUGGCGCCCAGCUCGUUAUCACGGAGGCAACGAUAGGCACACCAUGGCUCUCUCCCUCAACCUUGAGGCCACGGCGCUGACCAUGUUCGGCAAGAAGCUGAACCACAUCAGUGCUGCUGAGAGCCACCCGAUGCUGCAGGGCAUGGAGGACAGCACUGCAGAGGCAAUGAAGAGGCCCAAUCGCCCGGGUCUCCUCAACCGGCUGUCGCCUGCCCUUGGCCGCCCUCGGCUGCCUCGGCUGUCUCGCCGGCUCUCACCUGUCUCUACCUGUUUCGCCUACCUCGCCUAG